AUGCUUCGCCGGCUCCACACGCGCAUCGUGGGGCUGGGCUCUGUCUGCGGCUUGGCACCAUCACCGCCGGCCGAAGUCUUUCUCAAGUCCCUCCCGCCGCCGGCUGAGCUUGACCACACCAAGUACCUCCGCUUUGAGCGUGAGGAGCUGGAACGCCAGCAGGCGCCACGCACCCCCACACCAUUUGAAGCGCCGGAGCCGUUCUACGAUAUAUGUUGCGGGGCAGCGGGGCACAAGCACGUAGUGCUCAUGACACGCGAGGGAAACCUCAUCACGUUUGGUGAAAACAAGUAUGGCCAAACAGCCGCACCAAGACAACAGCAACAACAGCAGCAGAAGGUUGGUGAUGGAAACCCACUUCACACGACGACGGCGAGACGCGCCACCAACUCGGACUUAGCGCCGCUGUACGUUGACCUUGGUGGGGCGUUUGCGUGUGGUGAGCGCGCUGUGGCCUGCGGCUCCAACUACACAAUUGUGUAUCAGCCUGGCGGUCGCCGUGUCAUUGGCUUCGGCAACAACCACAUGGGGCAACUUGGUGUCGGGCACAAGAAUCAGGUAGACAGGGAAAAGGGAUUUGCCGAGUGGGAUCCGACCGCAAGUUGGUGGGGUCGCAGCGGCGGCAGUAGCAGUAGCGUUAUACGCCGCAUUACGUGCGGUUUCAACCACGCGGUGUUGCAGCUCUCUUGUGGGUCGCUGUUUUCGUUCGGCAGCAACACCUGGGGUGAACUCGGAAUUGGUUCGACAGUCUC